AUGUUUACUUUUUGUUACAGAGGUGGACAGAGAGACAAAUGGCCCGCACGGAAUGAACUCUUAGACAACCAAAUAGAGCAUGAGCACUGUGGAUUGCCACUGGACUGGCAGCUGCUGCUUGAUUGUUGCGAUAUGGAAGCACAAAUUGGUGGAGGCUGCACUUGGCAACUAACUGGAGCCGGUUGGAUAUUGAGUGAUACUGCAGCGGGUCGUGCGAUCAACGUUAUUGGCUCAGUAUUAACCGUACAGCUAACUGGUUCAGUUUCAAUAACACAAGUUGAAGAAGCUGACGAUGGCUGCUGCUGUGACUGUUGA